AUGCCCUCACCUCGCCUCGUCUCCUCGAGUCGAGCGCUGCUCUCGACGGCAGCAGCGCAGCAGGGCCUGCUGGACGUCUUUGCGCCAGCCGCCUUCGCAUCACUCUCUCUGCACCCUCGCUCUUACUCGCAAGCCCCGAGCCGCCCUCCUCCCCGCUCCUCCGCCCCGCCCUCGAACAAUCCCUCUCGCUCACAAGACCGCCCAGCACAGCGUCGGGAUAGCUCGCCGUCUCGUCGGGACGGGCCACGAGCUCCUCAGGGUCGCUCGAGGCAGCUGGCGCCGAAGAAGAAGGAGCAGAGUCUCACCGAGCGGCUGAGGAUGGCUCGACAGGACACCUCGACUACACCCUCUCCUUCGACCUCGAACGCGCCUAACCCCGCCGACCUACUCUCUGAAAUCCGUGCCACCGCUCACUCCCGUCCAUACGCUUCCGUCUCGCACGACGACGACCUUUCGACACUCUCACCGGUCCAGGUGCAGAACCAAGCUGUCCUGAACCUCGUCAACGCCGUCAGUACACGGCUGCGCAACUACGACCUGAUGUUCGUCAAGGGCUGGAAACCGCUGCGAGAAGCGGGGCAGAUCGGGAGGAUGAAGGAGUCGGACGUCGCAGAGAUCCUCUGGGCGGCGCUGGCAAAGAUUCGCGAGACGGGAGCGGCUGGCGAGGGUACCCACUGGCACUGGAAGGAGAUCCGCGAGUUGGCCUUGUGGGUCGCGGGCGGGUCGGAGCGGACCAUCGUCACGGAGUGGGCGUGGCAGAACGUCUAUCUCGGCUACGAGGGAUGCGAGCGGGUGAUCGACUUGUGGGAGGCUAUCUGUCGCGGAGAGGCUGCAGCGCUGCGACGGGCACCGAACGGUCCGAACCACGCGUUCAAGCCGGCGAUGCAGGCGUUGCGCGAGGACGGAGCACCUGAGCAGAUCAGGCUGCCGGUCGGCCUCUUCAACCUUUCUUGCGUUGCACACGCCCUCUUGCGCGCUCGACUCGAUCCUUCAGAACGCCCCCCCUUCGCCUCGAUGAUCCCCAAGGUCGUGUCGCCGCAUCUGCGGGGAUUGAAAGCCAUCACGCCCGAGUUUGGCAUGGUCCAGCGCCUCGGCAUCCUCCGCACCUGCGCCGUGUACAAGGUCGACCGAAGCAACGCAGUCGUGCCGUCCGGCAUCGUCGCGCCUAGCGUUGUCGACACCGCCGUCAUCCCUUUCCUGCGACAAGUCGGCCUCGCUCGCGACUGGUACUUCAAGAAUGAGCCCCCCGGCGCCAGGGUCGUCAAGGACAUCCAGGCGUUGCUCCGAGCCGGCUCGCAGAAGCAGGCAUGGAAGCUGUGGAACCUUCUCCAGGAGGCCCUCGCGUCGCCGGAUCUCGCCUGGCUCGGCACGGACGAAUGGCUCGAGUCAUCCCGCGCCAAGAUCCUCGUGGCGGACGAGGACGGGAACCUCAUCAACGCUUCGCAGCCCAACCAGGGUGAGUUGCCGCCCGACAAGCUGGACCCGAAGGAGACCAGCGCCGAAGCCGAGUCUGAGGAGGACGCCGUCGACGAAGACGCCGCCUUAGCAGUCGAGACAGUAUCGCUCGCUGUGCCGAUCGAGCCCGCCCAGCUGCAUCAGCGUCACAUCGGCGGCAUCCUCAUCGGCUUCGUCAAGGCCAAGCUCAUGGAUCACGCCAACACGAUCUGGGGCUGGCUGGCUGAGCGCGGACUCUCGCCCGGUGUCGCCUGCUGGACAGGUCUCCUCAACGGCUACGUCGCCAGCGGAGCCCUCGCCUCGGUCGAAGCCGUCUUCCGCGACAUGCAGCGCACGCCCGGCCUUGAGCCCGACUACUACAGCUGGAUGGCCCGCACGAGGGCGCACUUUGCGGCGAAGGACCCCGAGGCGGCGAUGCGUUGCGCGCGCGAGAUGAUGCGGGACAAGCACGUCCUCGCCGACCUGCAGCGGAGCGGACUCAAGACUUUCCCGGUCGUAACGUGGGACUCGCUCAUCGACGGCUUGCUCAGCUGCGGUCGAAGGCUAGAGGCCGACUCGCUCUUCAAUGAGAUGCAGAAGUCGGGCCUCGAGCCGAGCAUGCGCACCUUCAACACCUUCCUCGCCUACUGCACUCGCGGGAAGAGGCCCGACCUUGCGACCAUGAUCCGCCUCCUCCAGCAGAUCGCCGAGAGGGGCCUGGAGCCGGACGUCUACACCUUCACGAUGGUCCUCCACGCCCUCCUCGCCGUCGGCCAGAAGGACGCGACCAACCGGACCAUCGAGAUGAUGCAGGCUGCGGGCAUAAACCCGACUCGCGCGACGUACGGCGCCGUCAUUCACAACCUCGCGUCGUCGGGCGAGCCGGAGAAGCUCUCGGCGGCGCUGCAGCUGCUCGACGAGAUGGAGUCGAAGAAGAUGGAGACGAACGAGAUCAUCUACACCUCGCUCAUCCAGAACUUCCUCCGCGCGAUCGGCACGUCAGGGUCGGGCCACACGACGUCCGAGGGUCGCCACCCUUACGCCGACGCCGCCAUGAUGCUCAAGAAGCGGAUGGAGGCGCGCGGGAAGCACCUGAACCGGAUCGGCUACAACGCCCUCAUCGCCGCCGGCUUCUCGCUGCAGAGCGAGUGGGGCACCGACCUCGCCAUGCGCAUGUUUGCCGAGCUCAAGCGCCGCCCAAACACGCUGCACAGCCCUCUCACCGCUUCGCAGCGCAAGGAGAGCGGGAACACCGACCGCAUGCUCGUCAACGGGACGUACUAUGUCAUGCUCGACGGCCUCGUGCGCAACGGCGACUACAGCACCGCGAGGAACAUCCUUCACGAGAUGGAGCGGUCGGGCUUCGAGGUGCGGUCGAAGCCGCUGCAGCGGCUGGUGAGGCAGGUGCAGUCGGGCUUCCUCAUGAACGAGUAG